UUGACCAGUUGUCCCAGGCUAACCCUGCUCUCUGAAGAUGGAGGAAGUAAAAAACAGGAUUACCCUUAGCUACAGAUCCACUGCCUUAGUUUCCAUAACCAACUGCGGGGCACAAACACACGAUCGCUAAGCCUAGGAAAGAAACCAAGAAAGGAAAAGACUCAUUAACAAAACAAACAAACCGGGGGGAUGAUGGAAUUGUUUCCCUACACGCACUGCUGAGCACUGCACUUUGAUUAUGGAAGUGGAGGCUACUGAUGGAUACCUGCCCUGUGACCAUGACCUUUCACCUGAAAGGAAGCACUCCAAUAUGGCAAUUGACCUUACUUCAAGCACACCCAAUGGGCAACAUACCUCACCAAGUCACCUGACAAGCACAAAUUCCAUAAAGCUGGAAAUGCAAAGUGAUGAUGAGGAUUCUGACAGAAAGCCUCUAAGGCAGGAAGAUGGGAUCAUUGGGCAGGAUGAAGGGAGCAGUUUGGAAGAGCCCCUCACUGAGAACCAGGAGAUUGUGGAGAACAGAAAAAUACAGGAGCUGUCAGGCGAGGGAGGAAUCCGGCUUCCGAAUGGUAAACUGAAAUGUGACGUCUGUGGCAUGGUUUGCAUUGGGCCCAAUGUGCUUAUGGUACAUAAAAGGAGUCACACUGGUGAGCGUCCCUUUCACUGUAACCAAUGUGGAGCUUCCUUCACCCAGAAGGGGAACCUACUGAGGCACAUCAAAUUACACUCUGGAGAAAAACCAUUCAAAUGUCCCUACUGUAGCUAUGCCUGCCGGAGGAGGGAUGCCCUCACAGGACACCUCAGGACACACUCUGUGGGUAAACCUCAUAAAUGUAACUACUGUGGACGAAGCUACAAACAGCGCAGUUCUUUGGAGGAACACAAGGAACGCUGUCAUAACUACCUUCAGAAUGUCAGCAUAGAGGCUGCGGGACAAAUGAUAAGUCAUCAUGUCUCUACUAUGGAAGAUUGUAAGGAGCAAGAAGCUGGGAUGGACAACAAUGUUACUCUGGUGCCUUUUGAAAGACCUGCUGUUAUAGAGAAGCUGACAAGCAACUUGGGAAAGCGUAAAAGCUCCACCCCACAGAAGUUUGUGGGUGAAAAGCUCAUGAGAUAUGGUUAUCCAGAUAUUCAUUUUGACCCAAGCUUACCAUAUGAGAGAGAUGCUGAGCUGAUGCAAACUCACAUGAUGGACCAAGCAAUCAACAAUGCAAUCUCUUACCUUGGGGCAGAGGGACUUCACCCAUUGAUGCAGCACACACCAAGCACAAUUGCUGAUGUCAUAAGUUCAGCUUAUGCUCAGGUCUACAACCCUAACAGGAUAGAAAGACCAGUGAGCAGAGAAACCUCUGACAGCAAUGAAAAUAAUGUGGACGGCCCUCUCUCCCUCAUCAGACCAAAGAGUCAUCCCCAAGAAAGAGAGGCUUCACCUAGCAAUAGCUGCCUCGAUUCUUCUGACUCAGAGAGCAGCCAUGAAGACCACCAGUCCUUCCAAGGAAACCUUGCCUUAAAUCCCAAACGAAAGCAAAGCCCAGCUUACAUGAAGGAUGACUCCAAGACUUUGGAGGUCAGUAAAGCAUCAAAGGGCUCUUUAAAGGAUAUCUAUAAGGUCUUCAAUGGAGAAGGAGAGCAGAUAAGGGCAUUUAAGUGUGAACACUGUCGAAUUCUUUUCCUAGACCAUGUCAUGUACACCAUUCAUAUGGGGUGUCAUGGCUACCGGGACCCCUUAGAAUGCAACAUUUGUGGCUACCGGAGUCAGGACCGAUAUGAGUUCUCUUCCCACAUUGUCCGAGGAGAACACACAUUCCAUUAAGCCUUCUUUUCCAAAGGAGAUGCUGAAGUAGAAAAACAAACACUGCACAUGAAGAAAUACUGCACUUGCAAGCCCACUUUUCCUCAGAUGUUGACCCAGCUUUUCUCAUUGGUUCUGUUUCCCAGGUUCUGUUUUCCUUUUUAAUUAUUGUUAUUUUUGUUGUUGCUGUUUUGGGGAUCCAGUCUCACGUUACCACCAGUGGUGAGGUGAGAAGGAAGGAAAGGAGGGACCAGAGAGUAGUUUGGCUUAUUGUUUUUGCUAUGAAAAUGGAUGUCGCCCUUUCAUAGUGGAAAGUGAAAGGGAGUUCAUUUCUGUCACAAUUUUUCCUAUAGCUUUUCAAGUAUCUUGGGUACUGCUGAACUCCACAAGGUGCUCUGACAUCUUAGCAAAUUAUUAUUUUGGGGGAGAAUGAUAAUUUCAAAGGUAUAAAACCCUUUUAAAUGUGUAGCUAAAGUUUUGUUCAGGUUGGGAGAUGAGAUUCUUACUUUGCAAAAAUUUCUAGCAAAAGGGUUGCGUGUAGGGGCAGAGAGAGGUUCCACUUAAAGCUAACCUAUCUAGAGAUUUAGGAGCACAAAAAAUAUCAAAUUUUGCUCAGAUGUUAUUUCCUGAGGUGAGGUACUUUCUUACAAGGUAUUGUUUGUCUGGAAUGUAAAUGAAUUCUUUAUAUCUGAAUACUAAAUCACAUAAAUGAGAUUUGAUUUUAUACAUGAUGUGACAUCAUCCAGGAAAUCUGAAAACAUAAAAUGUUAUUUUACUUACCCCAAUAUGCACUUUUAAAAAGGAAAGAAAAAUAAUUGCUAGGAUGUUCUUACGUCCUUAACAUUCAUUUCCCAGCUUCCUGUGGGCCUUAAAUGAUGGGCCCUGUGUAUUUUUUUAAAGUUGUUUAGGUGACUAACAAUUGGAGUUGGUGUAUGUUUACUCAAAAGUAAGCUUCACUUAGUUCAGAAGGGGUUUAUUUCCUAGUAAAUAUUCUUAGUUUAGAAAUGCAGAUAUCAAUACAAACCUAUGUAGCAGGUUUUGCUGCUUUAGAAUCUCAGAUAUGCUCAUCACAAAUGCAUUUGAACUAUGAAAUACUUAUAUUUUUCAUUUUAUUUUCUGUAGUGUGAAGCAUUAAGAAGCUGACUAAACUAAGACCUUUAGUUAGGAGAUCUGUAUCCUGUAUCAGCUGGCUAGAGCUGCCAUAGUGAUUGAGGCAGCCUACAAAUUGAUAAAUAAUUAAUUUAUCUAUACAAGGAUGUGAAGAAACUGUUAGAGCUACUUCACAAAUGCCACUGUUUCUACAUACAUGUAGGGGAAUAAAUAUUCAUUUUGUGCAAAAAUAUCUUUUCCCCCCCAGGUACAUAUUUAAAACUGCAGCAUGUAGAACCUUCCAAAUAUACGUAUAAAUAUUCUAGUAAAUACUCACGUGAGAUGCAGAGAGCCUGUAGUCCUUUAAUUGUUUCUGAACUGUAAUUCCCAAGCAUCUCUCACCAUGUUGGCAAUUGUGGGUCAGCCACAUUUGGAGGGUCACCAGUUCUCAAUCUCAGCCAUACUUCCUCAAGGAAAACUAAUCUGUAAGCCAAUCUUUAGUCUCUUUCUAAUUUUCUCUCUCUCUCUCACACACACACACACACACUCACACACUCAGACACACUAAUUGUGGUCAUAAAUAUUUCUUACUAUAUAGGAGAACAUUUUUUCAAAUGAAACUGAAUCAAACCACGAGCCUUAGAUUAGGCACAGGUUGAUUACUUGCCUGAAAAUAAUUUCAGGUUUUAGUUAUCCCCUUGAUCAUAUUAGCAAAUGAAAGACUACAGUGAAUUAAGAGGUUGAAAUAUUAAGGUUCAAACCUUCUCUCCUGAUUAUCUACAUAGCUCUGAGUAUAUGAUCUGGAUUUAGAAUAUUUAAUUUUAUCAAUCUUUUUCCCCUCAACUAUAUUGGUUGGUUGGGUUUUUUAAUAAAAUCAGUGACUACCUCACAUUUUUCUACAUCCUUGGAUAUUUGCACACCUGGCUGUAAAAUUACAAAGAGAAUAGAUUAAAAACCAUACCUUCAAUGACUUUAGAUUAUGGGGAAAGGGUCCUGUGACCCAGCAGAUGUUGCUAAACUACAGCACAGCAAAGGGAAGGGGUUACUAGGAGUUGCUUGCAGUUAAAAAUACCUUCAGCAGCACAGGUUACUGCCUCAGGUUGCUUCUCGAAACAAACCAUUUGGCGUCUUUGGUUUUUCAUAUUUCUGUCAGCACACCCAAGAAUAAAGCAAGUUCAUUGGUUUCUAAAAUGGAGCUGGAAAACUAAAAUAUACUGUUACUCUCUUUCAGUACAAAAUGGGAAGACCGGGCAGCUAUCCUAUCCAGUCUAGUAAUUGAUAGAAAUUAAAGUGAUCUUGCUUUAACAUUUCCCUCAGAAAACAUGUUUAGCUUGUACAUUCUUUGUCCAAGAACAGGGUACCCUGAAGCUAGAUUGUUGCUUCCCACAAUCUUAUGUAGAAGCAAUAAAGAUUUGAGUAACAAAUUUGUCUAAAAUAAAUACAAGCCAAAAAUCACAAACUACACAACUGGUAUUAAUAUCAGAGAAGAAUUUCAUGGCAGGAAGCCCCAGAGCAAAACAGUUCUGUCAACAGUUGCUUGGCUGAAAUUGUGGGUUGUAUUUCACUGUUUUGUCCUCCAACAGAACAGAUUCCCCUCCCCUCUGCCACUCCCCACACACCCCACAAACUUUCUCUGGAAGUUUGGGGACCUUCUGGAUGUUGGAUGCUGCCCACUGACCUUUUAUGAUUUGCAUGAUCACUUGUACAAGGUGAAACAAAGCUAAAUCAGGAACCCUAUGUUAUCCAGAGGCCCAGCUGGUCAGUGACCUGAACCUCUUUUCAGUGGCAAUUAAAGUAGUUACUGUUUGAAGGUUAUGAAUGAAUACAUUUCAGAUGAAUACUCUGUUGUUUUUCUGAGCACUCUCCCCAAAAGCUGAACUACAUAUAGUAGUGAGAUUGAUCUUGAACUAGUCCAAAUUCAAGAAGCAGAUUGUACAUCACCCUUGCUUCUACUAUUUCAUUUCUGAACAUCUUUUGCACCCAAUUGCUGACCUGCAUUUCUAUCUUAAUGGCUGUUUAGAAAGGUCACUUGACUUUAAAAGAAUUUUAGGAAGGAAAAGGUUCAUGAACCUGCACAAGAGCAUAUUUCACUUAGAUCCUAUUCAAUAAUUUUCAAAAAUAUUUUCAUUGUGCCUGUUUGUUCCUGCAUCAAUCAUAAUGGAGGAAGAAUUUAAGAAAGAGCUGACACCUCCAAAAUGGUAAAAACUGAAAUAGUUAUGUCUGACAGGAGUUGACAAAAAGCCAUUCAUAAGUUAUUACCAUGAAAAGUAAAAUCACACAGAGACUAAACAAGCCGCAGUGGCCCAUUACAUGUUGCAAUUAUAUAAACCUGGAGAGUUACUAAAAGAAAGUGUUCUCUUGCAGCCCCAUCACAAAAAAUAUAUAUAUAUAUAUUUGGGAGGCCCAUCUUCAGUAUAAUAAUAAUCCUUUGUUUUAUUAUUUCCUAUGGAAAUAUAUAAAAUUUAGCAUCUCUACAGAUUGAUAAUGGAAUUAUAUAUGUUACCUUUUCUGUUUCAGUUCAGGAUUUUCUUGUUCAUUUUGCAUUCAUCACAAAAAAAGAUGACAUGAUCUCUCUCAAAAAGUAUUUCAUGCUAUAUUCUGUACAGUAAGGGCUGUAAUGAUAUUUAAUAUUCCUUAUAAAACAGUGUAGUAUGUUUAUUAGAAGAAUGUUAAGUAUUACUGCAAGAACUGUGAUCAAAAUGGACAAGGUGACGGUAUAUUUGAAUUCAUCAGUCUUAUAAAAAACAUUGAAAUAUAUUUUUGCAUGAUUAGCAUUUCAAAUUUAGCUGCAUAUGAAAUGUAAUAUUGGAUUUUCAGAGGGAGGACAUGAAUUUGUAAAAAAAAAAAAUUAAUUGGAAUUCACAAAUGAAAGAUAAUCAAUGUUGAGAUACCAGGAAAGGAAGCCUUAGUUUGAUUUAUCAUGCACAAUUGUUAUGGAGCCUCUUUUGAGCUCAAAAACCUCUGAUGGUUUUCAAAAAUUGGAAUUUCACAACAAUUUAACUUUGAUUAAUUGUGCAAGAGAAAACAUUUCAAAGUACUUUGUGAAGAUUGUCAUUACAAAGUAAUUCAGUUAGUUUUCUUUAAGGGACUUACUUUUUGUUCCGACAGUAAAAAAAGAAAACAGUUUAAAUAAAUAAAAAUAACUUUGAUUUGGUUUGAUUAAAAUUUAAUUUGGCUGUUUUCAAUUAAAGAAGGCUUUGUGUGCCAGGGCUCCGCCUGCAAACCUUGCCAGGCCUGGUCCCUACUUUCACAGGAGAUGCCUAGGAAUUAAAAGAGUCAAAAAACAGCCCAGAAGAAGGGAAUAGCACUCCCAUAUUUUGACCCAGAAAACUAUAGGAUGUGCCUAGGAAGUCACCAGAGGUUGAGUUUGACUUGACCUUUUCUCAUGAACAAGAAACUCAAAUGCCACUUGAAUGAAAACUUCUAAUUAGCACAAGUCUGACUGUGGGUUUCUUAAACAAUUUACUCAGCUACCAGGAGAGUCAAAUGUAUUUUGCUAGAAUAACUUUAGGUGAGUUAUGUUAUACUGGGGCUUGGGAGUAGGAAUUAAUAAUAUUUCCUAAACUAGAGACUUCUGGGCUUCAGAGAAUCCUUUCUGUGUUGAUCCUCUGCAAAGGGAAAUCUGCACGGAUUCUAGUCUGGGCUCACAUCGUUUCUGGUGUGCACAGACUAAGCCCAAGGAGCCUCAAAGGGGCCUUUUUGGAACUGAAAUGCAUCCAGUACUGUAGCUCAGAGUAUGAGCAAUGCUUGCCACCUCAUCUUUUGAGGGAGUUUGCUUAUCAUUACCGAUCUCCAAUUGAUGAAGAUGGCUUUUACCAAAUUCUGCAGUUCCUUCUGUGGAACAGUUUCAAAGCCACCUCUUAAAAAGUUGCUGCUUGGUCUGGAAUGCUUUGAGAAGAGACUGUUGCUUGGAUUGAAAGUGAGACACAACACUUGAGGAUUAUUACAAAAGAAGAAAAACAGAUAUGUCCAUAGAAGCUUUAAAAUAACUAGUUUGCAAGGAAAUUUAGCCCUUUUUUUUAUUUUGAACAUUUUAGUGUAACUUGAGAUUAUGUAGAAAGUGCUGAUUAUUUACUUCCAGUGCUGGUAUAUUAAUAGAGAUAAAGGUUUAAUUUAUAGGUCCACCAAUUCAGAAUUGAUAGUAUCAAACAAAAAAGCGGAAGUGAAUUUUGGUGCCAAAAACUUGACUGUAUUUUUCAAGAGAAACCAAUAUAUGCACCCUUAAUUCAUCAAGACAUUCUGGAAGGGGUUGGGGCUGAAGCCCCUGCAGAGGGCUUUAGAGGGUUUCCUUUCCUACCCCCAUGCUUCCAGAACAUGCUCCAGUUCCUAUGAAGAGCCGGAGCUGCAGAAGGGGACUGCUGGAAGCUGCAGGAACAUGGAUGUGUUUGGGCUUCUACUGGAGAUGAUUGGCAUCAGAGGCCUGAAAACCGUUGUUUCAAACUGAAGUUUUUAGUUUAGAUUCUUGUCCACCAAAUUCAGAUAGAUAGCUUUGGUUAAAAAAAUUGGGGGCAUGUCCCACUCAAACUUACAAUUCUUUAAACUGUUAAUUUCACUGGGAGAUAUUAAAACACAUCUUUUAAUUCUUCCAUGAUAUUCAAACACUGGAUCCUGUUCUUUGAUUUUCAGAUUUGUUUCAAUUUUAUACUGCAUGACAUAAAUAGAUACUCAUGUCUAAGAGAGAAUGGUUUUUACUUAUUUUGUAGUACUUUGAAACUGUGAUCAGAGAUUUGUCCUGUUAUCAAGCACUCUCAAAUCUUGAUCAUAUUUACUUUUUGUGUCACUUGUAGGAGUUUUAUUUUGCUUUGUUUUGGUCUUUUCCUGCCCAUUUUUCUUGUUUUCAGUUUUACACUAUCAUAGCUCUUGUUGCCUGCAACUUGAUCUUGUUUUUAAUUUUAAUUUGUUAUCUGUUCAUUGGCUGUACAGUGUGUUUACAUAUUUUUGUACUUGAGUGUAGUUUUGUAUUAAAAAAGAAAAAUGAUCUGGUAAAUAUAGCUAAAUAAUCUUUCUAACACUUUUAAAUUUAGGAUCAUUAGAGAUGGCAGAGCUGUGGAACUGUAAUACUAAACAUUUGCCUUUCUUUAUGUUGAUGUUAUUUUCUGGUUGUACUUUCUUUUUCUUAAGAUGUAUGACUUUUUGACAGAUUGGAAGCUUUUAAUGCAUAACUGUUUAGAAAAAUUUAAAGUGUAAAAAUGUGUCAUUUUUUUCCAAUGGAAGACUAUGCUUUAAAAGUUUUGCUAUUAUUCUAUUCCUAGGCAGAAUUUCUGCACCCAAAAUGUUGUAUUUUUGCAUCUUAAUAUUAGAACAUGCUUUUAACAAGUUUGGAGCCACUAUCCAGAUUGUUUAGUUUAAGACAGAAAAGACAGAUUGUUUCAUUUAUGUGCAAUAAUCUCUGAAAGUUUUAUAGUGCAUUGAACAUUGUUUGAAUAAUGACAUUACAUUUUGAAGCAAACUGCUGACCAGACAAAGGCCAGUGUUUUGAUACAUUGGUUUUUAAAAGUUGAAUCUUCAGGGAACCCCAUCCACUUUGUUACUUCUGCUGCUGGCACACUGCACAGAAUACUGGGGCAUGUCGCACGGUACGCAUAUUAGUUCUGGUGGAGCACUGCUCUGACUGCUCAUCACUGACUCACUUGCGCUAAGAGCGUGACCGAGAACACACCCAAACGGAGCAGCCCAUUGCAGGGGAAGGAAAGCUGCCUUUCAGGAACCCUGGUGUUCCAUUCUCUAGAACACACGGUUUUAGCUGAUGCUUUUGCUCCAAGGUCUGUGUAGAACAACAGCUCAGAGAGAGGGAAGAAAUGGUUCAAGGUUGCCCUUGGCCUGGACCACAUGUCUGAUUGUGCUGAGAGGCAAGGAGCAGAGGCUGCCCCAAAGCUUAAGUGAACCAAUUUAGUGGUGGGGAUGCAACUGAUAGGUGUAGAUGUCCCCUUUCUUCUUAGUGCUAUUAUCCAUAACGUGCCUUUGAUCGGUGCGGUCUCAGUGGGUUGCUUGCUAAGGCUAGGCAUUUUGGAUUCCUCUUUGGUUGGGGUUUCACUCUUUUUUUCAUUGGGUAAAGCACUUAACACAAAUGGGCCUGAUCCUCGCUGAAAAUGCCCUUUGCAUUGAACCAUCUUGGGUCAGACUCCAAAUUCUCAGUCUAGGCAUUUAUGUCUGGGGGAUUUUUGUCUGCAGGGAGACGUACAAGGCAGGCAUUCUUUCACCAGGAAAGCUUAUUUUUAAUUCUUCUUGCCUUAUCUGUUAUGGUAGGGCUUAUUUUAUAUGUCAUGCUUUAUUUAUAUAUCUAGAAUAUUUUAAUACCUAUUACUCAAAUAGGUGGAGACUGCUAUGCUGUAAAUAUGUAUUUAGGUACAGAAUAAAAAUCCUUGUGAAUAUUUGGUGGGGGAAGCUGUUACUGAACGCAGAGGCCACUUCGGGGUGGUUGCUGGUUUAGGGGGUGGGGGGGAUGUGUAUGUGCAAGAUAAGGGAAAAUAACCUUAGAUUUUAAGCACUUGCCAAAAGAAAACAAGAGUUUAAUAAAUAUUUUUAUUUAAAGAAGUGAAGCACUUCAUCAAGAUUUUCAUUUGAGUUAGACUGUUUCUGGAGGAAGGUCCAUAAGUAUUGCCUAGCUAAUCAGCUAAGCCAGCAUUUGUGGUCACCACCAGUUCCUCCAGCUCAUUCCCUUCAGUUUUCUGGCACACCCAGUGGAGUUUAGGACAGAAUCCCAAGCAACUUACCAAGUAAAUAGGGAGCAAACCCCAUGGAAUACUUACUUCUGAGUAGACAUGCUUGGGAUUGUACUGUUUUUCUCUGAACAGAAACUGUGAGAAACAGAAUCAUUUGUACCAAUUGGAACAGAUUCCUGCUGCUUCUUCCUUCUCCAGAAUCCAGUGCAAAUGAGAGGUCUGGAAAAGGAAUCCGUGGACUCCUGGUGUUUUGCUUCCCAGAAGCACUUGUUUUUGGUAAAGUGGGAGAUGGAUUCGUAGGUACCUGUGUUAGUGGAUGGGUGCUGCUAUGCUGCAUGAGAACAAUCUUUCUGAUAUUUAGGUCAUGGUGCAGAAUUGGAUUCCUAAGAAUCUUAAAGGAUACAUGUCAACUUGCCAUCAGUUCUUAUGCUUUCCAAGUUUCUGUCUUGUAUAGAGCAGAAAGCAUUGUGAAGUGGAUAUGUGAUGUCAUAAGUCCAUUGUACUCCUUCCAGGAUGGAGUUUUCUUCAUCUCCCAGUAUCUUCCUCACUUUUGUCAUUUGCCAGUCAGUUCCAAACUCUGUAAUUGCUUGUUUCCCCCAUUUUAAAUUUUGUGAUCAGGUAUAAACCAGCCUCUACAAAAUAUUCACAUUGUUUGUAUUUAUUUUCAUCCCAAAUAUUCUUUGCUUUAUUUAAAGGCGUUUGAAGUGACUCAGUGGUCAGGGUGGGUAGAAUAUGAACAAGCCAGUUUGGGAUGUUUACAAAUAAUAGGGAAUGGUACUCCAUGGAUUUCCAGUCUGGCUAUACUAUGAUUGCAUUUGAUGUAAUUUGAUAUAGUGGGCAUAAUUUAGUAAUAACUGUAAUACAUCCCGUCCUAGGUGAGGUCACUCAUGCUAACUUUCAAUUAAUGAGAACAUGAUUUAUAACCCAAAUGUUAGAGACCAGGGCCAAAAAAUACAUUUGAGUGACCUCUGUAAGAUUUGAAAGGGCUUUGGAUCAGAUCUAUAUCAGAGUCACUUGGAAUGGUCUCUGUGGUCAACUCUGGAACGCUCAAAGCUGUCUGUCUUACUGGGUAGAUGGGGCAACUGUUCCAUUAUUGUCACAUUGUUGGGAGAAAUGUUUGGUAGUCCCUCUCUAUCCUUCCUGCUCAGUCUUGCUGGGAAAGAAGUAUCUGCUAUGGAUUUAACUCAAAAAAGGAUUUCUUAUUCAAAGUGGAAAAUUGACAAAUUAGAUAAUCCUACUCCCAAGAAUGGAAGAGAUGCAUCUAUAGAUGAGAGUUAUAGAUCUGGUCUAUGCUCUCAUAUACACCUGGGGAAGCCUAUGAUCUAAAACUAGUUCUAGGGGCAUUUUAAGUGGAGUGUUAGAUCUAAAGUUGAAUGGGAGAGUUCAAAAGCAAAGAAUUCCUGGUUUGCUAUCAAAGUCUACAACCGCUAAUUAGCUUUCUGUAAUUGCUGGAAUUGGACAUUUCCCCCUUCCUUACAUGCAUACAAAUGAGCACCAUAUGUAUGUGUGCAAGGUAUAUGGAUAUGAGUGAUGAAAAUGCAUGAGAGAGUGUUUGAGUAUAUAUAUAUAAAUAAGACAGAGCUGCAGAAACUUUGUAAUACUUUGUGAAAAUAAUUAUAUUAUGGAUGUUUGUACUGUGCACAGCUACUGGAAUUAAAUGUAGGGAAUCUCAGGAACAAGCAUAAAAUUUGUCCAAGACUUAUUUCUCAAAUGUGUAUGUGCAGUUUUUAAUUCUGUAUACUAUUUAAUAUUUUACCAAUAAAAAUAAACUUCUCACAUGAAAGAGUUCAUUAUAUAAAAUUUCUCAUGUCAGUAAUGGAUCUCAUUGAUACUUCUUUUGGUGAACAGUUUGGAAGGUGAACAACUCUUUAACAAAUAUGGCACACGUAUAUUUAAAUAUAUAUAGGAUACCAGAAACACAGUGUGUGCAGUGUCAGUUGCAGGGCUGAAUAGAGGAAGGGGACAAAUGGGUUGCUUUGCUCUCUGAGUAUUUAGAGAGGGAGAGAAAGAUUGUUGUAUUUGUAUGGCAACAUGCUGGAAGACCUUCUCUAGGUGGCAGAUCCCCAGAUGUCAAACACCCUGCCACAAGAGGGAGAUCCUUAUCCUCUUGCAUUUCACUGGCAUUUCUUUUUAAACAAGUAUUUAAUCUUGUAAAUAAGUUAAUUCUAUUUAAUUAUGGUUGACUUUUGAAUUUUUUGGGGUUCAUUACCACUGCUAUUAAUUUGUGCUCAUAUUUUUAAUUUUUUUUGUAGCCACCUUCAUCAUCAUCUUUUUUUGCAAGGAAAAACAGAGUAGAAAUUACUUAAAUAAAGAGGGGAAGAAACAAAUUUUAUUUAGCACAGGACAAAACAUCAGUAUUAAAAGCCACCCAGCCCACCAAAGACUUCACCACUGCUGAUUAAGGGUGAGGAUAAGACUAUCAGAUCUGGGCUACAAAAAUCAGAUGAUCACUAGACUGCAUCAAAGACAUACAGAACACUCUCUUUGCUGUCAUCUAGUGGCUGAAUGUGUUUUUGCAGUUCUAAUGAAACUACUCCCAGGAGUUUGAUUAGAAAUGCUAUCCCAGUUUGGAUUGACUAGUGACUAAGUAAUGGCAAAGGUAGGUUAGAUCUCAUGAUUUUCUUAUUGUUCCAUGUGAAUUUCUUUUGCAAAGGAUGCAGUGCUGUAUAUACAAACUGCAUACUAAAUAUUGUGGGCUUAUUUCCAAAUUAUGAUUAAUAGAACCUUAGACUCAAAAGGCAUGUUGCAUCAUGCUCUUUGUUUAGGAUGUGUCAUAAUUUUUUUUCCUGUUAAUUAUGAAAUUUGGGUUUCAUCAAAAGACUAUGCUAUAACCUUGUAUGAUAAAUUUGAAGUUUUGUACCAUCACCCACAACUGAUUAGAACCAAAGUGCUGGAAGGGACUGUUUUAGGGCAUUGUUUGUAACUCACUACUUGGUGUAGAAAUCCAAAUUAAACCAUCCUUAAUAAAUGUCUAUCCAGCUUCUUCUUGAAUGCAUUCAGCAAAGGAGAGCCACCCUUCUUAUCCUAGGAAGUUUUCCUUAUUUCAGCUGGAAUCUGCCUUCCCAGGAAUUAAGACCUUUGUGCUGUCUCUUCCUCUCUGGAAUGAUGAGAAGAUGGCUGUGUGACGCCCCACCCAGUACUUGAAGAUAUCAUCUUUUCCAUUCCUACCCUCAUUGGAAUCAUCUGUUCAUCUGUACCAAGCACCCUCAGCAGCUCUUUAUAGGACUUAAUUGUCCUAAGACUUGGAGAUAAUGUGCCUUUAAUUACAGCUCCUUCGCUUUCAUUAUGCUACAUUGUAAACUGCUUCAGAAACAAAUGGAGGUCAUCACAUGGCACUCAAACCUUCUGUUGAAAGAGAAAAGGAAAAUCUAUCACUGUGCAGACCUGAGGCCUUAAGCAUAGUCAGAAGGUGUUUGGAUCCUAACCCUAUUUAAGCACAGAACAGCAACCCCAAGUCUGUAUUAUGCCUCAGGUUGUAUCAGUAAACAGGUGUUUAAUGUCCAUGAGUGCAAAGGAGACAUUUGUAGAAUGGGGGUGACAAGGGAUUGUUCAGCCUUUCUCAGGUCUGCAGAUUUGGAGAUAAUGAGGAAGAAGCUGACUACUACCUGAAACCAGUGCAUAUAGUGCUGAAUCUAAGUACCACAAUAUUGCUUGAACUCAGGAGUGCUAUGAAGCUCUACUGAUAUUGAAAAAUGGCAUAUAUUGCAGCAUCUUGGCUUCAUAGCAUAUAGUCAUGUG